ACGGAGUGCACUAGGCGUCUUAUACGGACACAUUUUGGAUUGAGAGUAACUUAGCGCGGGAAUUGGCGGGUAUUGGUUCCAAAACAUUAUUUGUAGCUUUAGCGGUUUUUUUAUAUACAUAAUACAGCUAAGGUUAUAUAUAUUUAUAUGUGCAUUUAAGCUAUGUUUUAACACAUCACUCGCUUCCUCAUGCUUAUAAUUGACUCUGAAAGUCGACAUACAGGCGUUUGGUGCGUUUAGGUGAAAAGUUUUAGUGGAAAGGAUUUAUGUGUGUGUGAUAUGGAGUCAUUUCAGAAAGUGGAGAAGAUUGGAGAGGGAACAUAUGGAGUGGUGUAUAAAGCUAAAAACAAAAUCACAGGCGAAACCGUGGCUUUGAAGAAAAUCCGACUGGACACGGAGACUGAAGGGGUUCCAAGUACCGCCAUUCGAGAAAUCUCCCUGCUGAAGGAACUCAAUCACCCCAAUAUUGUCAAGCUGCUUGAUGUUAUCCACACAGAGAAUAAGCUUUAUCUUGUGUUUGAAUUUCUUCACCAAGACCUCAAGAAAUUUAUGGAUUCAUCCUCAGUCAAUGGCAUUUCACUUCCUCUGGUCAAGAGCUACCUGUUCCAGCUGCUCCAGGGUUUGUCUUUCUGUCACUCUCACCGGGUUUUACACAGAGACCUGAAACCUCAAAAUCUGCUCAUUAAUGCCCAAGGAGAAAUUAAAUUGGCUGACUUUGGCUUGGCCAGGGCUUUCGGUGUACCUGUGCGCACAUACACACAUGAGGUUGUGACUUUGUGGUACAGAGCACCAGAAAUUCUACUGGGCUGUAAAUAUUAUUCCACAGCUGUUGACAUCUGGAGUUUGGGCUGCAUUUUCGCUGAAAUGAUUACGCGAAGGGCGCUCUUUCCUGGAGAUUCAGAAAUUGAUCAGCUGUUCCGGAUUUUCCGAACCCUCGGCACUCCUGAUGAGACUGCGUGGCCUGGAGUGACUUCGAUGCCUGACUACAAGCCUUCUUUCCCCAAGUGGGCACUGCAGGACCUGUCCAAAGUUGUGCCACCUCUGGAUGAUGAUGGCAGAGACCUUCUCGCACAAAUGCUAAGAUAUGACCCCAACAAAAGAAUCUCAGCCAAGAAUGCCCUUGUUCACAGAUUCUUCCGUGAUGUCACCAUGCCCAUGCCUACUUUGAGGAUUUGAGCUGUUUGUGACUGGCAAAGGUCGUGCAGGCAGAGCAAUCACAUUCAUCAUAUCUUCUUCCUGAGAACAUUCUUCCCCUAACUCAGAGACUGUCAGCCAGUUGCAGUCAAUGUGGUGCCUUUUAUAUACCAGGGUUUAGAUAAAGUUGAAGUAUUGUGGUGUUUAUAAGCACAGUGCUCUCAUCUGUUCAGAUUAUCUACUAUGUUAUUGUAUGUUCUGCAGUCUGUUCUUCUGGAAGGUGACAUUCCUUAACUCUGUGAACUGCUUGUUCGGGACUUAGUUGACUAUCUGUUAUAUAAAAAAAAUCUCUUCAUUAAGAGUCAUUUGAUGCACCAGCAUAAAAAUAUUUAUUUUGGAUUGCCAAAAAUGGUCACUUUUGAUAGUUCUGAAUUUUUUUGUAAUUGGUGAUUUUAUGCCUUUUUAGGCAGAUUUUAUCCUUGUUUGAUAAUUCUACAUAAAACUAAGACAAAAAAACGACGUGUUUGUUUUAAUUUUUAAUGAGUAUUAAAUGCCUGACAAAGAAAAAAUAUGGCCAUGUUUAUCAAAUAUUUCUGAUAUCUUAUUUAUGGCAGUAUUUCACAGUUUUGUGAACAGAAUUGCCUCUACAUUAUAUAUUGUGAAUAUUGUUGUACCUUCUAUUUUAUAGUAUUGAGUUUUAAUCAAGCCUGAUUAAUAUUUUAAAGUGAACAUGGUUCAUGACCUGUCUAGCUAGACUAAAAUUGAAAGCACCUGCAUAAUAUUUCCUAUUUCCAUCUUUUCAGGAAGAAUGGAAAUUCUUUUCAGACUCUAUGAACAUAAACUGAACAUUGACUGCAAUACAAUUUUUAACCCUGUCUGUUCCUAUGUUAGCCAAAGAGACACAUAGCAGUUACAUUUUCUAAAAAUAAGUUCUGUUCACUUCAAUAGCUCUCCUAAUAUUUUCCUAACAAUGUGUUCUUAUAGUUAUUUGAUCUGAUAAAUAAAAGGGAAUGGUUGAUAA